AUGGCUUUCUCCAAAACCAAAACCCUAAAGUCAACGUUCCUUAUUUUGUGUCUCUUAGCCUCCUACUUUUCCUAUCCAAUCAAAGCUCAUGGAGGAGGACACGACGAUGAUGAUGAUUCCGACCAUUCAGCUUCUUCCGACAACAUAAACAUACGUUCAAAGAGUUUAAUCCUAGUGAAAAUAUGGUGUUUGAUAAUCUUAUUUGUGUCCACUUUCUUAGGUGGUGUGUCACCUUAUUACUUCCGUUGGAACGAGGUUUUUCUUGUCUUGGGAACUCAGUUUGCUGGUGGUGUUUUUCUCGGAACAUCUAUGAUGCAUUUCUUGAGUGAUUCAAAUGAAACUUUUGGAGAUCUUACAACGAAGACUUAUCCUUUCGCUUUCAUGUUGGCUUGUUGUGGUUAUCUUUUCACCAUGUUUGGUGAUUGUGUGGUGGUUUAUGUAACGAGUAGUAAUCAGAGGGAAGCUAAAGUUGAGGAACUUGAAGGAGGGAGAACACCUCAGGAACAUGAAGAGAACACUGAGUUGGCGAUGGAUUCGAGUAAUGUGGCGUUCAUGAAGACUUCGAAUGUGGGAGAUACCAUUUUGCUUAUUCUUGCCCUUUGUUUUCAUUCUGUGUUUGAAGGCAUCGCUGUUGGAAUUUCAGGUACUAAAGCAGAAGCAUGGAGGAAUUUAUGGACAAUAUCAUUACACAAGAUAUUUGCUGCCAUAGCAAUGGGAAUAGCAUUGCUUAGAAUGUUACCAAAAAGACCCUUAGUAACAACAGCAGCAUAUUCAUUUGCAUUUGCUAUCUCUAGCCCUAUUGGUGUAGGAAUUGGAAUUGCAAUAGAUGCAACAACAGAAGGAAGCACAGCAGAUUGGAUGUAUGCUAUAUCUAUGGGAAUUGCUUGUGGUGUUUUUGUCUAUGUUGCUAUCAAUCAUUUGAUAUCUAAAGGCUUCAAAACUCAAAGGAAGACCCGUUUUGAAUCUCCUUGGUUUAAGUUUCUUGCUGUUCUUUUUGGUGUUGCUGUGAUUGCAGUUGUCAUGAUUUGGGACUGA